UGGUUCCUCGGCCAUAUUUAUGUGUAACUCUGGCGAAUGAUGGCUUCUUGUAUAUUUUUUUUCACCCCUCUAAAGCCUCUUUGUUGAUUAGAAACCAAGUACACACCUAGAGCCGUAUAUGAUGUGACAGGAAAUGUGACAAACAUACAACAGUGACAUGGUGAUAUUAAGCAUUAAACAUGAUCAGUACAGAUAUGUUAUGAUAUUGACAAGUGAUAACUGAACAAGAGGAUGUCAAAGAAGCAAUGAAAUGCAGUAAACAAAUUGUAUAGUACUGAUCUAGUUUAGUGAUGGAAUCACUCACGGAUAGUGACCGUUUACAGCGGCUCCGUGAAUUAGAAGCUCAAUUACGGAACCCAAGAGGCAUCAUCAAUGUCGACUCACUAUUGGAUGCAAUGCAGGCGAUGGUCGCAGACUGCGAUCAUCAAGCCAUCAGAAGAAACAAAAAUGUGGAGGCAUUCAUUAAUAGAUAUCGUGAGUCCAUACUGGAUGUGGAGCUAUUGCGAAUGCGAGCUGAAGAUUUUACCAACAUUAAAGUCAUUGGCAGGGGGGCAUUUGGCGAAGUUCAGCUUGUUAGACAUAAAUUUACUAAAAAGGUAUAUGCUAUGAAACUGUUGAGCAAGAUUGAAAUGAUCAAGCGAUCAGAUUCUGCAUUUUUUUGGGAGGAGCGGGACAUCAUGGCUCACGCUAAUUCCGAAUGGAUUGUGCAACUUCAUUUUGCAUUCCAGGAUUCUAAGUUCCUUUACAUGGUUAUGGAUUACAUGCCAGGUGGUGACUUGGUGAACCUCAUGUCCAACUAUGAUGUACCAGAGAAAUGGGCUAAAUUCUUUUGUGCUGAAGUUGUUUUGGCACUUGAUGCUAUCCACUCCAUGGGCUUUGUUCACAGAGAUGUGAAGCCUGACAAUAUGCUUUUGGAUAGCAGUGGCCACCUCAAACUGGCUGACUUUGGCACUUGUAUGAAGAUGGAUAAGGAUGGCUUGGUAAGAUCUGACACAGCUGUGGGAACUCCUGACUACAUCUCCCCUGAAGUUCUAAAGUCUCAGGGUGGUGAGGGUGUCUAUGGUCGUGAGUGUGACUGGUGGUCAGUAGGUGUUUUCCUCUAUGAAAUGUUAGUAGGGGACACUCCUUUCUAUGCCGAUUCUCUAGUUGGCACGUAUGGCAAAAUCAUGGACCAUAAAAACUCCCUUAAAUUUCCUGAGGAUAUAGAAAUAUCAUCUGAAGCGAAGAGUCUCAUAUGUGGUUUCUUGACAGACAGGUUAACAAGGUUGGGUGGAAAUGGCGUUGAUGAGAUCAAGAGACACAAAUUCUUUUUCAACGAUCAGUGGACCUUUGAUACCAUCAGAGAAUGUGUACCGCCAGUAGUUCCGGACCUCACAAGUGAUGAUGACACCAGUAAUUUUGACGAGGUGGAGAAUGAAGACUCGCCGGAAGAAAGCUUUCCAACUCCUAAAGCCUUUGUUGGAAAUCAUCUCCCCUUUGUUGGUUUUACAUACUCCAAAGACUACCGGUUACUUAGUACAAUGGACAAGCCAGAUGGGAAAAGAAAUCUAACAAAUGAUGGGACAGAUGCGAGUAAUCAGAUUGCUGUUCUGAGCGCUGAAGUAGAGCAUCAGAGAAGUCAAGUAGAGGAGCUCGACACAAAGUACCAAAUAACAUUAUGCCAGUUGGAUGUCCUGACAAGGAAGGAUUUGGAGAGACAGCAGGAGAGAAGAGAUCUUGACAGAAAACUUGCAUUGUUACAACAUGAUUUGAAGGAAGCUCAGAGAAAGGCAGACAAUGAGAUUGAAGGCAGACGCAAGUUAGAUGGUCUCUACCAAGAGGUCAAGAAGAAGCUUGAAGAUGAGCAGAACAAGCGAACACGAGAUAUUGUCUCUGCUCAACAUGCCCAUGACAAGCUUAAUUCUUUGGAAAAGCAGCUUAAAGAAGUUCAAGAUAAAUUAAAAGUGGAAUCUGACAAUAGCACACGGCUUCGCAAACAAAAUGCUGAAUUGACUGUUAUAAACCAGCGAAAAGAAACAUCAGUAACAGAGUACAUGGAAAAAGUAUCAGCAGUUCAAUCUGUACGGGACACCUUAGAACGAGACUUAGUUAAUCUACAAACACAACUGGACCAGGAAAGAGCACAUAAAAAUCACCAGGUUGACCUUCUGUCACAAGCUGAUGCCAAAAUACAAGCAUUACAGUCUAAGCUUGAUAGUGCUUUCGAGAGAGAAACAAUUGCUCGUAAAGAAGCUGAGAAUGUUUCAGAGCGUCUUGUACAGCUGGAAAAAGAUAGAAACUCACUGGAGUUAGAGUUAAGGGGCAUGACAAGCCGUUACGAGCAGGAGGCAAGAGCUUUGCGAGAGGCUAAUAAUGCUGCCCCUACACACAACCACCAGUCCAGUGCUCAAGCUUUAGCAGCCUUGCAGGAACGUCUUAAUGCAGAAAAACAGAAACGCCAACAGGCAGAGGCAUCUAGUCAGGAGAAGGAGCGUCAAAACUCUAUGUUGAGUGUUGAUUACCGCCAGCUGCAGCAACAGCUUCACAAACUGGAGGGAGAGCACCGCCAAGAAUGUGAAAAGGUCAAGGUUCUCCAGAAGCAGUUGGAGACAGAGACUGAGAAGAGAUCAAGCAUUGUUGCAGAACUUCAAGCUCAGGCAUCCGAAGUUGCACUCUUACGUACCAGAGAAAAACAACUCGCUCGAGAUUUAGAAGAAGCCAAAGAGGCACGGUCUAGCAUAGAGGAAGAACUGCACAAACUCAAGACACAAAAAUCAGUUGAUGACAUGCAGAUGAGGGAGCUGCAAGACACACUUGAAGCAGAACAGUAUUUCUCAACACUUUACAAAACUCAGGUACGCGAGCUACGUGAAGAGGCUGAUGACAAAUGUCGACAAGCAAUGGAAUUGGAGGAGGAGCGCACAAGCCUUACUCAGCAACUGCAACUGGCUGUAGGACGAGCUGACUCGGAGGCUCUUGCACGUUCUAUUGCAGAAGAGACUGUAGCAGAACUAGAGAAAGAGAAGACCGUUAAAGAAUUGGAGAUUAGUGAUCUUGUUUCCAGACAUACGGCUGACAUCACAGAAAAGGAUAGUGCUCUUAGUGCGGUGAAAGAACGGGAACAAGAACUGAGCAGAUCAGUGGAGAGUCUCAAGCAGGAGAAGGAGGCACUUAAUGCUCAAGUCCAGAGUCUUGAGGAAGAAAACAAGAAAGUUACUAAUGAUCGUAAGGGUGAGCUUGAAAAAUUAAGUAAACAACUCAAACAAGAACAGCUUCUCAAGAUGCAAGCAGUCAAUAAAUUAGCAGAGAUCAUGGCCCGUAAGGAAAAUCUUCCAGCUAGUCGUAAACCUAAGGCUUCAGCAAAUGAUCUGAGAAGAAAAGAGAAGGAGUGCCGUAAAUUACAACAAGAGCUGACAAUGGAACGUGACAAGUUCUCUCAAAUGGUGUCAAAAUAUCAGAAGGAAGUUCAGGAUCUUCAAGCGUUGUUAUAUGAGGAGAGUCAGUCCAGAGUUCGACUUCAAAUGGAGGCAGACUCUAAGGACUCUGAAAUUGAGUCUCUUACCUGUAAACUGGCCAAUAUCAACAGUGAGACAGCUUCCCUCAGUAGUGGCGCAGACAACGAUAUCGAUGAAUUGGAGUCUCGACUAGAGGGUUGGCUGUCUAUUCCCAACAAACAGAAUAUAAAACGCCAUGGCUGGAGACGACAGUAUGUGGUUGUCUCAUCAAGAAAGAUAAUUUUUUACAACUCAGAGAAUGAUAAACAGAACUCCGACCCGGUUCUCAUUCUUGAUCUAACAAAACUUUUCCAUGUGCGGUCUGUAACACAAGGAGAUGUUAUAAGAGCUGAGGCCAAAGAUAUUCCCAGAAUAUUUCAGCUGUUAUAUGCUGGAGAGGGAGAAAGUCGGAAGCCUGGUGAUACCCCUGGUCCUUUGGCUCUCCAUGAGGGUGCAGGUCCAGAUAAAGCAGGGACUCUAGUCCACAAAGGCCAUGAAUUUCUAGCCAUUAGCUUCCAUAUGCCUACCAACUGUGAAGUCUGUCAACGACAUUUGUGGCACAUGUUCAAACCCCCGCCAGCUCUUGAGUGCAGAAGGUGUCGAUUGAAGAUUCACCGGGACCAUUUGGAACGCAAAGAGGAUCUAGUGGCCCCAUGUAAAAUUAGCUAUGAUUUAAACACAGCAAAGGAACUGUUACUACUGGCUCCUACAGUUGAAAGUCAACAGAACUGGGUCUCACGGUUGUCCAAGAAAAUUCAAAAGUCAGGGUACAAAGCCAAUAAUGCUGGCGGCCCUGACGGUGCCAAAGUUUCCCCAAGAGAGUCAACCAGAUCAUCUUAUCGACCAUUUGUUGUACAGAAAUCUGCUACUUUGCCUCCCAACUCCAACUUAAGUAGAAAAUAGAGCAGUCUUAAGGCUAAUACCUCAUUUCUCACCUUGAGGAGUUUUUGGUGGCUCUGUGGGAU